UGACGUCAGCGAGUUUGUCUGAGUGCGGAGCCAAGCGCGCUCCCCCCUACAUUGAGCAAGCUAAACGAUGCGAGCGCUCGCAGCCGUCGUCGCCGCCGCCCAGUAGAGUUUCCCAGCCCGCGGACCAAGCACAACAACACCGAAAAAACAGACCGUGUGAGGGCAAUAUACGAAGAACAGUGCUUUUUUCAAACAAGUGUCAAACGUUAUCGUGGGGAAUUUUUUCAAAUGCUUAACUAGUCGCCGACAGAGCGCGAGAGAGUGGAACGAGAGCGAGUCAGCCAGCCUAGAGAGGGAUAAGGAAGAAAGAGGGAAAGUAAUUGCUGGUAUAUUUUGGUCCUCGCCAACCGUUACUUUGGAUAUCAAGAAGAUCAGAGGUUGUGUAGUCAUGGGAUGUACACUGAGCGCCGAGGAGAGAGCGGCUUUAGACAGGAGCAAGGCUAUCGAGAAAAACCUAAAAGAAGAUGGAGUCACUGCCGCGAAAGACGUUAAACUACUCCUGCUUGGGGCUGGGGAGUCAGGAAAAAGUACCAUCGUGAAACAGAUGAAGAUUAUCCACGAGGAUGGCUUCUCUGGAGAUGAUGUGAAGCAGUACAAGCCUGUGGUCUACAGCAACACAAUCCAGUCUCUGGCUGCCAUCGUCCGUGCCAUGGACACCCUUGGCCUGGAGUACGGAGACAAGGAGAGAAAAGCUGAUGCUAAGAUGGUGUGUGACGUGGUGAGUCGUAUGGAGGACACUGAGCCCUACUCUCCUGAGCUCCUGGGGGCUAUGAUCCGCCUGUGGUCUGACUCCGGCAUCCAGGAGUGCUUCAGCCGCGCCCGAGAAUACCAGCUCAAUGACUCUGCCCAAUACUACCUAGACAGUUUAGACCGGAUCGGUGCACCUGACUACCAGCCCACAGAGCAGGACAUCCUCAGAACCCGAGUCAAGACCACUGGCAUUGUAGAAACUCACUUCGUCUUCAAGAAUCUGCACUUCAGGCUGUUUGAUGUGGGAGGUCAGAGGUCGGAGAGGAAGAAAUGGAUCCACUGCUUUGAGGACGUGACAGCCAUUAUCUUCUGUGUGGCACUGAGUGGGUACGACCAGGUGCUGCAUGAAGACGAAACCACGAACCGCAUGCAUGAGUCUAUGAAGCUGUUCGACAGCAUCUGUAACAACAAAUGGUUCACAGACACCUCCAUCAUUCUAUUUCUCAACAAGAAGGACAUAUUCGAGCAGAAAAUUAAGAAAUCUCCCCUUAGUAUCUGCUUCCCGGAGUACACAGGUUCUAACACCUAUGACGAUGCAGCUGCCUACAUCCAAGCACAAUUUGAGAGCAAGAACCGCUCACCUAAUAAGGAGAUCUACUGUCACCUGACGUGUGCCACGGAUACAGGGAACAUCCAGGUGGUGUUUGACGCUGUUACUGACAUCAUCAUCGCCAACAACCUGCGAGGCUGUGGUUUGUACUAAGCCCUGAUCGCUUCACCUCUGGAAAUUAUUCUAAUUGAAAAUGCAACUUGGUAAAUAAUGAAAUUUAAUAGGCAUACGUAUAUAUAAAUAUAUACACAGUACCAAUCAAAAGUUUGGACACACCUACUCAUUCAAGGGUUUUUCUUUAUUUUUACUAUUUUCUACAUUGUAGAAUAAUAUUGAAGACAUCAAACUAUGAAAUAACACAUAUGGAAUCAUGUAGAAACCAAAAAAGUGUUAAACGAAUCAAAAUAUAUUUUAGAUUAUUCAAAGUAGCCACCCUUUGCCUUGAUGACAGCUUUGCACACUCUUGGCCUUCUCUCAACUAGUACAAAUAAAGAAAAACCCUUGAAUGAGUAGGUGUGUCCAAACUUUUGAUUGGUACUGUGUAUAAUGGGGCCAUACUUGCAAACAUUAGAAACAGUUUGCCUUUAAACUGUUUCUCCGUCUCAAAAUGUGCAUCAGCCAAUUAAUAUCGUCAUUGAUUAGUAUCAUUGUCCCAUCAAAUAGCCUGGCACAUUUUAGCCCUAUCCUAACCUCACCAGCUGUCGGUGAUUAUUCUGUAUAACAAAUUCCACAAAGAUAUUAGACUUUUUAUCCACCACGGCAUUUCUUGAAAUAGGUUAAACCGGGCCACCAGAGGGAUAUUUUAAACCUAUUUGGUAUGGUAUGUUAGGCCUAUGUAGAACACUAAUUAAUCAUUAAGUUAUUUAUUUUUUUACAUUUAAUUUCACCUUUAUUUAACCAGGUAGGGCAGUGACAAGUUCUCAUUUACAACUGCGACCUGGCCAAGAUUGGGGCGGAUUGGGGCGGCAGGGUAGCCUAGUGGUUAGAGUGUUGGACUAGUAACCGGAAGGUUGCAAGUUCAAACCCCCGAGCUGACUUGCACAUCAUCAUCAGCACAUCUAUCUGUAUAUUUUUUAACAUUUAUUUAACCAGGCAAGUCAGUUAAGAACAAAUUCUUAUUUUCAAUGACGGCCUAGGAACAGUGGGUUAAGUGCCAGAUUUGUAAAUCUGUCGUUCUGCCCCUGAACAGGCACUUAACCCACUGUUCCUAGGCCGUCAUUGAAAAUAAGAAUUUGUUCUUAACUGACUUGCCUGGUUAAAUAAAGGUUAAAAAAUAUACAGAUAGAUGUGCUGAUGAUGAUGUGCAAGUAGAAAUGUAGGUGUGCAAAAGAGCAACAAAAAAAAGUAUAUAAAAAUAUGGGGAUGAGCGGACGGUAAGCUGCUCAGAUAGCUGAUGUUUAAAGUUAGUCUCCAACUUCAGCGUUUUUUGCAAUUCGUUCCAGUCAUUGGCAGCAGAGAACUGUAAGGAAAGGCGGCCAAAGGAGGUGUUGGCUUUGGACAUGACCAGUGAGAUGUACCUGCUGGACCGUGUGCUACGGGUGGGUGUUGUUAUGGUGACUAGUGAACUGAGACUUAUAGAUGACCUGGAGCCAGUGGGUCUGGCGACAAAUUGCUAGACAUUGAUUCAGCUUUGACCUAAACUUUAUUAAACAUGCACCAUUCUAAGAAGUGGCGAAGCGGGGCUCCGGUGUGCUCCAGCAGAUCUACACUCCUGUAUAACAGUGUGUCAGUCUGCAAGAGGGACUCCAAGAAGCUUCACAUUAAAUAUAUUUGUAAUUUACAAGGUUUUGGCUGCACCCUUACAUCACAAUAAAUAUAAUUAAUUAUACUAUACCUCACCUGGAAUUCGAACUUGCUGCAAACAACGAAAAUUACCAGAAGCCAAGAUCACAACAGUGAGCUAGCUAUCUGUCCAAUUGAACUUUUGUGUUUGUUUUAGUAACUUUGAUUAGCAGAUCAACGUGUGACUUCUGUUAAGGAUGCUCUCAUGAAAAAGUGUUUGGUCACGUCCAACUAUGUCAACAUUGGUAAUUGGCUGAUACAGAAUUUGUUACAGAAAAUAAUAAUGUCCAGCUGGUGAUGUUAGCAUAGGGCUAAAUAUGCCAGGUUAUCUAAUGGGAAAAGCUAACAAGUAGCGUUCUAUCACGUGCAACUACAUCAAUGAUUUUAUUUGACUGGCGUGGAUUUAAAUGUAAAUGUUUUAAUGUUCGCAAGUAUGGCCCCAUUGUUUUUAGUUUGUCUUCGAAGAGCUGCCAACAGAACUGAUUUCUUAUAGAAACCCAGCCUUUAAAAUUUUAGAACAAAGUUGAGAACUCAUUUAAUGUUUGUUUUUUCCCCUUCCCGACUGUCUUUUUGUUUUUAACAAAACAACCUUGUUUUUCAUAAUGUUUUUGUAUUUUUUUUAUGUUUAUGUUUAUCAUGUCUAUAUUUAUUACAUGAAUAUCAGUCCAUGGGUGACCUGUACACAUUUGCCUGAGUAUAUUGCUGUUGUAAUUAUGCUGAAAACUGUUCUAGCUCUAACAAUGGCUAUGAUAGGUAUGAUGGUCAUGAGUACGACAGUCAAUAUCAGUUUCUUUCUUUUGUACCAGACUGGGUUUUCAUGGUAAUCCUGGAAGUUCUGUUCAGCUAUUUGAUCAUUUAGUUAAAAGGAAACACCCAGGAUUGAUGCACCCUUUUUCCACCCAUCCCUUCCUGUCACUCCGUUGGGCCUUUGCCAUUGGCUGUGUGGAUUAUGGAGCGGGGAGUCACAGCGUGUGACCCAAAGCCUCUGAACCGGAUAUCUGAAAAGUGUCAGUAUCAGUGCCAACCCCAGGAGAAUGACAGGUUUGGAGAUAGUCCUAGGAGCACUUUGUUACUGUAAUGAAUACCUAUUAACAUGAUCAUGUAAGGAACUUAUACUUUUUUAUGAUCAUUUAUUAAUUUAUUUAUUUAUCGUCUGUCCCACACACCACCUCUGCACUCACCACACACCUUGUACUUUAUUCCUCCACUCGUCUUUUUAUUUUUCUAGCACCCACCUCUCUCACCUCGUUUAAUUGUUUUGGGUUGGCCAUUAGCUGGGUAGUGGUGUCUCCCGUCACGCCUCCUGACACAAAUAGCAUGAGCAACCCUUCAGCCUUUUUAUAAAAAUAAUAAUACAAAUAAAAAGAGGGAGUUAAACGCAUCACAUAGAAAACGUUGAGAAAAAAUCCUACAAAAUCCACAAAAAAAGGUAAAAGAAAUGGAAAAACGAAAGAAAAAAAGAAAGACAACAGCGACAUAAAGAGACAACCAUCAUAUGGACUGGGUGUAUGGACUGGGUGUUACCAGUAAUGUGGAGAUUUGAGGUCAAGGGUCAUUGGACUGUGUGUCUUGGUAGAAAGCUGUAGAUCCUUGGGUUCUAAAAUCUUUACAAUGUGGAACUAUUGAAGAACAAAUUAACAAAAAAGUAUGAUUAUGACAAUAAUAACAAUGCAGAAAAUGAUGAUGAUUAUAAUUACAAUAUCAAUGAUAAUGAUGAUUCUGUAAUAUUAUUGAAGUAUAUUUCUUGUGCUUUGUAGCUACAGAACAUUUUUUUCUUUCCCCCUUUAAAAAAAAAUGUUUGCAAGCGUUCCCGUGAUCCACACUUGAACUGUUUUUACUGACUUACUGAUGUUUAUGAACUGUACUGAUUAUUUCUGCCUGUUCUCCCUGCAUUACAGUGUCUUUACUUAGCCUGACUUAUAUAUAUAUAUAUAAUAUCUAUUUUUUUUAUUUUGUUAUUUUGGAAGAACCACUUUGGAGCACGUCCUGUCCCAUUGCUGUUAAGGGCGGGGUGUGUACGCGGCUGUACACAUUCAUGCGCUUUCUUUUAUUUUGGGGGAAUUGUACUCAAACACCUUCCAGGUCUGCAUAGAAAAGCACAGCUCUCACUUCACACAUAGAUUUGGAAAGAUGUAUCUCUCCUCCCUAUCUGCCUUCUUGAUUUAAAUGUUUUUAAAGAAUACUGUGUAUUAUUACAUAUACCAGUUUGGCAUUCUUUUUCUUUUGAUCCCCUCCUUUUUCCUCAAUUUUUUAUCCCAGUAAAUGCUUUUCCGUGCUGCUUUUUCUCCCUCCUCUUUAGGGAAUGGUUGUUCUUUCAUGUGGGAUGUUCGUGCUGGAAUACCAAUCGAAUGUAGUGUUUACAUUAAAAGCCACAGUUUUCAUGACUACAA